AAACCCAUUUAAAAAAACAUCAAAAAGGUGGAAAAAAAAUUCGUACUCUCGGAGCCUCUUCGUCCAUUUUUUGCCAAAAAGCUGGAGAAAGUAACGACGAAACUUUAGAGCAAAGGAUUUAAAACAAAAUAAAAACUCUAGUAAUUCUUUCUGAUAUGGAAGAUCGGACUUAGCCGCAACCACAGAGCAUACUUAGAACGAGACUAGAGGGAAGUAAUGGAGGGAGAAAGAAGUAUAAAUUGGUGGUGUGGGUUGGAAUGAGGGGGAUGGGGUGGUAUUUAUAGGGGGUCAUAGAGCAUUCCCCGCUCUGGUCCAAAGCGGUGAAGCAUUCCCCGCGAUUCUCGAGGGCGGUAAAAUGCGCGGAUCGCUGACAUGGCUUGGUUUGAGGCAUCGGAUCUGGGAAAAAAACCAGAAUCCGCGCCUCACCGCAUCUGACGGUGACAGUGAAGCGUGCGUACGACAAGGAUCGAUGACGUGGACAGCGCGGGCUAUCACCGCUUUUGUGAUUAACGGUGAAGUGCUCGCGCGUGUCCACGUCAGCGAUCCGCGCCGCUUCCCCGUUUUGGACGACAUCGGUGAAGGGUUCACCGUUUUUGACAAAAAUGGUGAAGGGUUCACCGUUAUAAACAAAGGCGGUGAUAGUUUCCUCGCCUUUGUCAAAAACGGUGAACCAUUCACCGUUUUUGUCAACAGCGGUGAUGCAAUUCACUGUCUUGGUCAGCAGCGGUGAUGCCCAAACUGUUGUAUUUUGGGAAAUAUUUUCAUAAGUACUGUAUUUUGGGAAUUUUUUUUACUAACUAGUGUAUUCUGGGAUUUUUCCAUAUAUAUGUAUGUUCGGCCAUGUAGAGGGGUAUGGUUUAUUUCGGUGAUAAUGAUAUUGAUUGGGAGCUUAUUGCUCUCCGUAGAAUAGUCAUGUUCACAUCGAAUAAGAAAACCACAUAAAUAAUAUGCGUAAUC